AGUCUCUGUUUGUGACCCUAAAAGUUCUCUGCUGCUGUGCAUUUAAAUGCUUAAAAUUUCAGCUAUAGAUGAUUAUGUGACUUACUGGUGCUGCCAUAACCAUGGCAUACAGAUGAAUGCAGAAAGUGUAACACCUCUCUACCCAUAGCAGAGCUGGGCAUGGUGAACUAAUGGCCAGCACAGCUACUUUUGAAAGAUCCUCUGUCCAGUUUGAAUCAUCUUGCUUCUUGGCACUAUACCUCUGGCAGCAGUAGAGCUGCCAGUCUGGUCCUUGUAUGCUUAUGUGUUUUUUUUUUUUUUUUUGCAGGCCCGUGGGGAUGAGUGCAGACAAACUCGUGCCAAAGAGCUAAGAAUAGCAGCCAAGAUGACUAUGUUCUGGAUGUGCGAGUAAAGAAAUAGAGAACAAGAUGAAGCUGAUGUUACAUGCAUGUGUAAAAAUGGAAGCAGGACAGCGAGUACACCGCUGGAGCUCUGGACAGUCUGUGUUGCAGUAACAGAACUGGAAUGGGAUCAGCUGGAUUUGGCCUGGCACUGAUUUUGUCACAUGUCACCAGUGUCUAGUAACUAAAAAUAAAUAAAUAAAAGGCCAGCAGAAGAUGAUCAGGCUUAUGUUUUAUAAAAAAAAUUGCAUAAAUAAAUUCACCAAGAAUAAUUUUAUAUUAAUAGUGUCAACAUUUUUAAGGAAAAACAUACAAUUUAAAAAGUCAUAAUGAAAGUUGAAAAUGUUUGAAUGUUACUUCCAAAGCCUACAUUUUAGGUUUAAACCUUAAAGAGGGAUUUAUCAUAGUUACAUUGUAAAUAUUUAAAACAAAGUUAUUUGCAAAUUAAUUUAUAGUUAAAAUGUUGCAAAAAGCACAACAUAUAUACAUACUAAAUAUAUGGAAAAUCAAGCUGUCAAUAAUGGCCAUUAAGUAAAAUGUUGUUUAUAAGUUAAAUACAAUUCUAAUUUUCAUUUUAUUGUCACAAUAAAAAUUAUGUAAAUCAUUUGCCUCUUUACUUUGAAUUGUGUGGGGUUUUUUUUAGGUUUCCCAAUUUUUAUAGUCAUUUCAACGAUUCUUCUCUGUUUACUUGAUAUAUUUCUCUUUUUUUCACUUUUUUCACGCCACCCCUGACCUGACCUGAGAAAGAAACAUUUUUACUUGCUGGAUGCGUUACCUCUAUUGACCACACAGUGGCAGUAGUAUCACAACAACACUUUUUAAGCGAGAAUAUUAAAACGAAGAAGUAAUUGUUUUUAAAAUAAAGCGCCCCGUCUCCGAUAGGGAUCCAACAUGGGGUUGAAAAUAAUAUUAGUCAAAUAUUGCUUUGUAUUUAUGCAUCUUUUAACAUAAAAUGUUAAAAAAAAUUGCAUUUUAUUGGAGUCAUAAAAACUUUUUCGAAUGCCGUGGUUAGCUAAAGGCUAACAGUGAGCUGCGGUUUGUAUCCAAAUAUGAGGACAUGUCCGUCAGACGGGCUCUCUUAAACUGUGCUGUGCUUUCACUGCAAGACUCGUGUGUGUUUUAUCCGUGUUGUAAAGGCUGCUUUUCGAGAAUCCAUGCUGAAAAAGAGGACUCUAGCAGAUUUCGGUGCCCCAAAUGUGGUUAUUGGUGUCACAAGGACCAAGUUGAUCACAGAUAUCGCCUGUCGUUGAGAGUCUUACGGGAUGGAUGCAUAUUUGGAGUAACUGUGUUUGGAAACAGCCUGAACAAAUUCUUUGGUGUUCAUGCAAAUGAAUUACAGAGGUUGGUUGAAAAUCUGGAUGGACCCUUUGAUCAACCAACUAAAUCAACAUUGCUUGUGAAGGCUGUUAAAGACUGCUUCAUUGGACAACAUUUCAUCUUUGGUUUGAAGUUUAACGAAACAGGAAGUGAACCUUGGUGUCAAAGGCCACCCUAUGACGGCUUCAACAGAGAAGAAAGAGCUCAGUUUAUUGCCAGUCAAAUGCUCCCCUCUACACCUGGGGGUCCGACUGGCUGCACCGUGGUCAGGUACUAUCAGGUUCUUCUGCAGAACGCAUCAGAAUCUCAGCCUUCUUAUCCUGGAAAAAGACUUCCAUUUACAACCCCUCUGCUGGUUAUUGAACACAAUCCAAGUAUCAGCGAUGAUUCCCCUUUCUCUGUCUCUGGUCUGCUCUCCCAGUCAUGGCUAAGAUUAGAAGAACAAGACAGCACCCUCACUUUCACCCCGCCAUGGGAGCAAUCCCUCGGGCUUGUGACCUCGUCAGCAGAGCAGGAGGAACCCUGCAGGACUCUGGAUAAAGAAGAUGUGGCCACCAAACAGACAGUCGACAGCACAGAACCGCAUCUCGUACAGAGAGUUGACGAGGAGAACCACGAAGUAGUGAGCAAAAAAACUCACAUUUUUUCUGAGGAGAGCUUUGAUAAAACUUUAUCUUUUGUACAGUGUCCAAGCUUUUCUGUUUGGGAAGAUUUUGGAAACAGCUUCAACACAAACACCUUGCUCACACACCCCCAACCUGAAGUCAAUAAUUGCAGUCUCACCCAAAAUGAGCCUUUCAUAGAACAGCAGCACACAGAAACAUGUUCACCAAACUUGUUAGCUUGGGAGAAUUGUCCUUUUUCUGAGAGUCUUAAUGCGUUUUUAUGUACAGAAAACAAAGAUGCUAUAGUUGGUGAGGUAGGGUUGGAUUUUAAAACCAGCUUACCUGAACAAUCAGAAAAAAAUGAUCAGGAAACAAGACAUUUUCCAGGUGAAUGUUCUGCUUCUGAAACGAGAGGCAGCCAUUCAUUUUUAUUGGAUGUCACCAAAGUGCCUUCUGUAAACGUAGUUUCUGGAUCCAAUUUCUCUGACCAAGUUUCUGAAAAAUGCCCAAAAACAAAUGAACUCAAUUAUUCCCAUAAGUGUGUUGAGGAGGACAGAAAAGCUCAUUGGUCUUUAGAAAAGGACAGCUACAACUGCUCAGCUGACCUGUUCAGUGGCUCAUUUAUGAGCAGUGUGGACACAGAUGUACCUGAUGUUACCGUGGUAACAGCCGCACAUGCUUGCACACUUGAUUGUAAGAUGGACCGGCACCAUUUAAGUAAGAAACUCAUAAACAUCACCAACUCAACACCCCUCAACCACAAACAAAGAAGUGGGAAACGCAGAAAAAGUUUUAAUUCUCUAAUAACAGAAGAUUUUGACUUUGUUCCUCCUUCUCAGUCAACUCCCGUCAUGAAAGUAAAAGCGCUGCCACCACUUUCACGCCCUUGCAGUAAAGGAACAGAUAAGUGGACAAAGGAAAACAUCACGUUGAGCUUUUUAUCCGACAGACAAACUCCAGAAAAAAGGAUGAGAAAAAAAGAGCAAUACUCCUUUCCUCAUGGACCGCAGAGAAGAACUCCAAACCUGGACUCAAAAAAGGCUGUUUGUGAUGAAGAGGAUGGAAUUCUUGCUCCUACUCCUGCUGCUAAUUCUCAGCCUAAUGGGAUACUCAGAGGAAGACGGUUUCCUGAAAAAGGAAGUAGUUAUUUUACUUUGAAAAAGUCUCAGGAGGACAGAGAUGAUUGUAAAAGAACUCUCCUAUUAACCUCUCCUUAUAGACUUAUGGGAGAAAAAGAAAACGGUGGUGAGGCUGUUAAUGAGGAGAUUGUUGAUGAAUGUCCUGAUAAGAGCCAGAUGUGUGACUAUUCUAGAGAUUUGUUCUCUGAUUCAAUCUAAAUCUUUAUUUUUACUGUUGGCAUGCUAAUCGAGUUAGCUUUGCACCGACUCAAAAGGAAAAAAAUGUUUUUCUACUUUUUUGCACUGCAGUCAGUUAAGUAAGUAUUGACUAGCUUACAUAUUUAACUUUGUUGCAGAAAAUCAACAUUGUCCUAAGCUUUUUAAAUUAAAUGAUUAAGGAGAUCAUCUUUACUGGUUGAAAAUCUAACUUGACAGCAGUUUUAUUUUAAUCUAAAAGUGAAUAAAUUCUAUAAUAAUUCCAGGUACAUAAAGCAGAACCUUAAAGCUUGAUUACAAACAGGUCUCACAAGAAAAUUAAUAUAACUUAUCACUGUCAUGUUGUCCAAAAAAGAUAAAAACAAUAACUUCAAAUGCAUACAUUUUUUAAAUAACUAUACAGACAAAUGAAUGUUAUGUGGCAAUAAAAAAUCUGUUUUUAAAGAAUGACAAGUGAUAUUUUCAGUCACCAAGAUGUCAUAUUUAUUUGGAAAUGUAAAGAUAUUUUAGCAUUUCUAUGCAACAAUAAUAAAGAACAUUUCCUGAAUAACAA